CGAAGAGGAAGUGGAUGAUUCUGAAGAGGAAGUGGAUGAACCCUAUUAGCGACCAUUGUUGCGAGCUGCAUUCCUGGGCGAUUGGGGAUCUGCUACAAGAUUUUUCGAACGAGAUGCUGCUUCAAAGAUGGCCAAAAUAACAAGCAGAUCAGAGACAGCUCUUCACGUAGCUGCUUUGAGUGCCCGAGACCAAUUUUUGGAGAACCUGGUGGAACUCUUGUCUCCACAUCCAGAAGCGCUUGAAAUGGUCGAUUGUGAUGGCCGCACAGCCCUCCACAAUGCUGUCCUGUGUGGAAGGAUAAGGAUGGUCAAAGCAUUAGUUAUAAGUAAUCCUAAGUUGUCGCAACUUGCAGAUGACGAAGGACGUAUUCCUUUGGGAAUAUCUGCUGUGGCAGCUUCUAUGCAUAAAGAGAUUGCCUGGUUCCUGGCGAAAAAUACAACAAAAGAUGGGGAAGGUGAUCCCUUCAACAGUCCCUCUGCGAUUGACACCAUUAUAGAUCUCACCCACGCUGGUCAUCAUGAUAUCACCCUUUAUCUAUUCGAGCAGUACCCUCGCUUAAAGACCAUGCGAAGUACAGAGCGUGCAGACGGAUCUGUACUGGAGGCGUUGGCGAAGUCGCCUAAAAACUUUCGCAGCGGAACCAGGCUCAGUGUUUUGGAAGCAUUGAUAUACAAAUGUAUUCCGGUGGACUUGAAAUACAAACCAACGGAUAAAAAUUCGGAUCCGGCGUUUCAAUGUCUUGCAAGGUCACUUUGGAAUAUUGCCAAAAUUGUAGUUCCUAUAAUCAAGAGAGUUCACGAGGUGAAGCUAAGGCACGUGACGGCAAUCGAGUUGGCAAAACAAGUUUGCAUUGCAAUCUCUUAUAUGAACACUACCGAGAUCUCCAUUCUUUACCUAGACGACCGACGUCUAUGUGAAGCGAUAGCCAGGGGAUUCGAUGAUUUCCUGAAGCUCUGUUUUCAGUUUUUCCCAGAGCUUCUUUGGGUUACGCCUUAUAAUAAGAGGUUGACGACACAUGCGGUGAUGUUUCGCCAAGAAAAGACUCUCGGACUCUUUUUGCAGGUAAGCUCAACCAAUGAGUUGUCUUUAGUUCCAGGGCCUUCAGAGCAAGACUCGGCAGAUAUGAUGAGUGCAGCAGCAUACUACUAUCGUAGUUUCGAUGGAGUAACUACCGAGGCCGGAGCAGCCUUCCAAAUGCAAAGAGAACUCCGAUGGUAUAGGGCUGUGGAAAGCUGGGUUGUCCCUGACAUGAGAGACCGGUACAUGGGGAGUAAAACAUUUUGGACUUCAUUCGUGGAGAACCGCAAAGAUUUGCUUGAGAGUGGAGAGAAGUGGAUGAAGGACACAUCAAAUUCAUGUAUGAUCACCUCAGCUCUAAUUGCCACAGUAUUGUUCGCUGCUGCAUUCACUGUGCCUGGAGGAAAUAAUGACAAAAGUGGAGUCCCGUUGUUGUUAGGAGAGGACUCUUUCCUGGUUUUCAUAAUUUCGGAUGUGUUAGGUUUGUUCUUCUCUGUGACAGCCAUCUUGCUAUUCCUAGCCAUCUUAACAUCGCGGUAUAAGGUGCAAGAUUUUCUUGAAGCGUUGCCUAAGAAGAUCAUAAUGGGACUUUCUUUUCUAUUUCUUUCCUUGGCAUUCAUGCUGGUAGCCUUCACUGCAACUCUCACAAUUGUGCUGGAUAAGAGACUGGUGGAGUGGGUUCUCAUUCCCAUUAUUUUGCUGACCUCCGUCCCAGUGGCUUUAUUCAUAGUACUACAGCUUCCCCUGCUAUACCAAAUGGUUAAAUCCACUUAUGGACCCAGCAUCUUUUGUCCCAAGAGCAUUUGGGAGUGAGGCAUAAUUAUUGGGCGAGAUCAUGUGAUUGACGAAUUUGAUUUGAGGGUAAUAAGCGUUCGUUAUA